AUGUGGAACGGGAACAGCGCGGGCUCGUCAUCGACGCGCGUGGGAGAGCGUGUGUGUCGUCCUCGUGAUUCAUCUCAUCGACUUCGUCGAGCCGCGCGUCGGCUUUCAGUAAUCACCGCCGUCUCCGCCGACAUCCAAACCUCCUCCUUCGUCGAAGCCGCCUCCCUCGUCGAAUCCUCCUCCGCCGUCGAAGCCUCCUCCGCCGUCGAAGCCGCCGCCGCCGUCGAAGCCGCCGCCGCCGAAAUCGCCGCCGUCGCCGUCGAAGCCGCCGCCGCCGAAAUCGCCGCCGCCGCCUCCUUCGUCGAAGCCGCUUCCUUCGUCAAAGCCGCCUCCAUCGUCGAAGCCGCUUCCUUCGUCAAAGCCGCCUCCAUCGUCGAAGCCGCCGAAUCCGCCGCCGUCUUCUUCAUUUCCAUAUCCCUCUCCGACGCCGUAGUCGUCGGGAGGCAUUGGCUCAGGCUCGGGCUCGGGCUCCGGCUCCGGCUCAGGCUCGGGCUCGGGCUCAGGCUCCGGCUCCGGCUCGAACUCGGGCUCGGGCUCCGGCUCGGGCUCCGGCUCGGGCUCGGGCUCGGGCUCGGGCUCGGGCUCGGGCUCGGGCUCGGGCUCCGGCUCGGGCUCCGGCUCGGGCUCGGGCUCCGGCUCGGGCUCGGGCUCGGGCUCGGGCUCCGGCUCGGGCUCCGGCUCCGGCUCCGGCUCCGGGUCCACGGGUGUGGGAUCAGGAGGUAA